AUUCCCGGCAGCUUAGCCUUGCCAAUCGAAUGCAAACAAUGUAUUUUGCUUAGUGUUUGCUAAUGCGCUUGGUUGCAAGUGAAAUCAUGCGAAGACCAGGAAGUCGGGGUUCCCACUUGACCUCCACUAUUUGACCCCUGCUCCCGAGCAGCCCUCUAAAGCACUUUUUGCCACUAGUGUCCAGGCCGAAGCUUUGGAGCUAAUUCCAAGCAAUAUAAAUCAAGUUGCAUACGCAAGUGCCAUAUAUUCAAUUUCCACUUGGGUCUGUGCUUGUUGGAGCGAGGUAGAGGGCCGCGAAGUGGCCGCGUGAGCCUGGAACCAUACUUUCUAUGCCGAAUACACGCGAUCAAGCUCUUUCCAUUGCUGAAAGAAUCGCCUCCGAAGCUGUAUUAGAAACGCCUUUCCACUUAGCUCCCACUAAUGGCCUUUUCGCGCUAGUGUAGUGGGCCGAGUGGAAACAGCCUGUAAUGUUUGCAUUGUAACCGCUGUUCGGACACGCGAUCUCACAAACUAAAGGCAACGAAGCUGCAUAGGUUCAGCAGUAGUCUAGGCGUCAACUUUAAUCGCGUUGGAGUCCCGCUGACGAAGCGCGCUAUUUCUCGCAAGUGGUGCCGGCUGCCCCUAGUGUGCUGUGCACUAGCACAACUGGAGCCCUCCCUGCUGCACAGCUAGCCUUGGUGGGAAGGGGGUACGGGCGUAGGGGCAGAUGGCGCUGGUAGGCCUCCUAUAACUGGAUUGGGCACGCCAGGCCCGGCAAUUGGAUGCCCACGGAAGGAUGCGAGGAUGUCAACAAGGCCAGGACCAUCAACAGAUGCCGACCGAUACCCUGGCCCACAAAGAUCCAACAGGCGUUCCCGCCCCAAGGCCCCCUGCUACCCCAGAGCCCAGAGGCCCGCCGUGGCGGUUGGCGCCCUCAGCGAACCAAGCACAGUGGAAUUAGGAAGACACGAGCACCAACACAUGCGUAAUCAGAGAAGUGGAAAGGGAAAGCUGGGGAAAGGGCUGUUUGGUCUGAUGUCCCCAGGGAUGUCAGAUCCCUCCCCUAGCAGCACCGGUACUCUUAUGGUCAAUCGCACUGAUGAACUUGACUUUCACCGCAUGCGUAAGCCUUUCUCGCGCGGGUAGCAAGGUAAACCAACGCGGACCGAUGUGCGUUCCGCUCCGCAACGCCAGGAUGGCGCAACGGCAUUCGGUGGUGCACCUCGUUUCUGUACACACCUUUCUGUA